AUGAAGAAAGCGGAGCAGUGUUUCAGUCAUCCCAACAGAGCGACACAAACGGAAAGAGAAGAGUACGAUAUCGGCGCCGGCGCUGGUGACGACGCCAGAUGUGGCCUCCUUCUCGCGCGCCAACUUCCCAAAGUUUUAAGCGUUUCACUCAUUGUCUCACUAUUGCUCAAUCUCUCUUCCCCUCUCAUUAUUUCUCUUAUUAUCUUUUUUUCAUUUAUCACUCUCACCAUUUCUCUCUUUCUCUCUUCUAUAUUAUCUCUCAUUUUCUCUCUCAUUAUUCCCUGUCAUUAUCUCUCGAAUUCAUUUUUCUCUCAAUCUCAUAAUUUAAAUCUUUCUUUCUCAUUAUUUUUCGCACUUUUAUUAUCUUUCAUUUUCCUUUCUUUAUUUCAUUAUUCCUCAUUCUUCUUUCUCAUUAUCUUUCUCUUUUAUUUCUCUUUUUCUUUUGUCCAAAUGGCCAGCAUCAUCAAUUCUUAA